AGUCCCCAUCAUAGCAUAUGGGCGCUGACUAGAGUUUUGAAUUUCCCCUUCCUUAAUCUUACCUGAAUGUGAUUAUCUUGACUUUUUCUUUUUCUUUUAACUCUUUUUUAUAGUUAAUUUUUAAAAAUUACUCCCAUUUCAUGUUAAAAUUGCUCGGCUCCCAUAAUGCAGGAGUGAGGCAUAUAUAUAAAUACAUAAAUAAAAGCUUUACAUAUUAAUGAAAUAAUCCUCACUCUCCAAUUGAAAUGUUGCCUGGUUUCUUUCCCGCGCUUGUAAGAUGCACACACUCUUCAAGGGAACAACUAUUUCUAGGGCCCAUCAUAGAAUCCUUAUUAAAAAACACCGUUACUUUCAUCUUUCAUCCGAUGCAUAUACAAACCUCAUCGAGUUGUACACACGUGAUCGAACCUGGAAAUCGGGCAGAGCAUUACACGCACACCUGAUCAUCAAUGGCUUAGCUCGUUUGACCCAUUUUGCCUCUAAGCUCAUAGCCCUCUACUCACAGCUUGGACGAUUAUCCGAUGCUCGCAAACUGUUUGACAAAAUUCCUGAAACAAAUAUCCGACGUUGGAUUGUUCUGAUUGGGGCCUAUGCCCGCCGUGGUUUCUAUCAGGAGGCUAUGGGUGUCUUCUGUGAAAUGCAGAGAGAAGGCCUAAAACCCAACAAGUUUGUCCUUCCUAGCGUUCUCAAAGCAUGUGGUCAUCUAUCUGAUCAACAAACCGGAGAGAAGAUACAUACUUUAGUUCUAAAGUGUGAGUUUGAAUCCGAUACUUUUGUCAAUAGUGCAUUGAUAGAUAUGUACUCAAAAUGUGGGCAGGUUGGAAAGGCCGAGCGGGUGUUCAAUGGGAUGUUUGAGAAAGAUUUGGUGGCAUUGAAUACCAUGAUUUCUGGCUAUGCUCAACACGGGUGUGUUAAAGAAGCAUGGAGUUUGGUUCAGGAAAUGAAACUAAUGGGAGUGAAGCGCAAUGUGGUAACAUGGAAUACAUUAAUUGCCGGCUUUGCACAAGCAGGCGAUGAAUCAAUGAUCUCUGAACUUUUUCAAUUGAUGCGCGUUGACGGUGUUGAGCCUGACACGGUGUCAUGGACUUCAGUUAUUUCUGGGUUUGUGCAGAAUUUCCGUAACAGCAAGGCUUUUGAGACAUUCAAGCAUAUGUUGGAUCUUGGGUUGCAUCCUAGUUCCGCUGCAAUUAGUAGUCUCUUGCCUGCUUGCGCAACCAAGGCAGACUUGAGGCGUGGGAAGGAGAUUCAUGGGUAUGCAGUGAUGAUUGGAGUUGAAGAAGAUAUAUUCGUGAGGAGUGCUCUUAUAGACAUGUAUGCAAAAUGUGGUUUAAUAUAUGAAGCAAGAACAUUGUUUCAUAAGAUGUCUGAAAGAAACACAGUUACUUGGAAUUCCAUGAUUUUUGGAUACGCGAAUCAUGGGUAUUGCAAUGAAGCGAUUGAGCUCUUUAAUGAGAUGGUAGAGAAGGAGAAUAAGAAACCAGAUCACUUGACUUUCACUGCGGCUCUCAAUGCCUGUAGUCAUGUUGGGAUGAUUGAACUUGGACAGAGUUUGUUCCGCGCAAUGCAGGAGAAGUAUGGGAUCAAGCCAAGAUUAGAGCAUUAUGCAUGCAUGGUGGAUCUUCUCGGUAGAGCAGGGGAAAUUUCUGAGGCUUAUGAUUUGAUUAAAACAAUGCCCAUUGAGCCUGAUUUGUAUGUAUGGGGAGCAUUGUUAGGGGCAUGUAGACAGCAUGGGAAUAUAGAUCUUGCUGAAAUAGCAGUUGAGCAUCUUCGUGAGCUCGAGCCUGGCAGUGCAGGAAGCAGCUUGUUGUUGUCAAGUUUAUAUGCUGAUGCCGGUAGUUGGAGAAAUGCUGCAGGCGUGAAGAAGCUGAUAAAGAGAAGAAAGCUGAGAAAAAUCACAGGUCGCAGCUGGAUAGAUUCGAUAGAAGCUAACUGAUGUGUGAUCACAGCUAGAUAAGAAAAGUGUUCAUGUAAUUUUUUGUUUAGUGUGUGACCCUGUUCUUGUCAAAGUGUCUGCUCGACUCCCCCUUCUGAUUGGCUUCAAAUGGGGUUCUUUUAUCACCCACUUGAGGUUCUCAUGACUGACGGAAUUUAUAGCAAUACCAAAUAUGUGAUUCUAUUCAUUGCUUUUUGGUGUGGUUGGAUGUUCUGUUGAUGCGGACGAGUUAAGUAAUAAGGAUAUGUCUGGCAAUUGCUUUUGUUUUAUGUUUUCUAUUGUGGGUAGUGUAUGUAGCGAAGCAAAAUACGUACUUGAUAACUUUUCUUACAAUUUGAAUAAUAUAGCAUU